UUGAUUGAUUAAGCGUUUUGAUGAUCCCAUCACUUUCCGAUGCUUUCGAGAUGAUGAUUACAGAAAAAUAAAUACAUAUUUUGAGGAUAAAAUGCAGGAGGCACACGUUUCUGUGUUGCGAAUCGGUAGUGAGCAGGAGGCAUGCAAUGUUUUAAAUGAUUUUACAACAAGGAAUGCUCAAGUCUUUAGUUUCCCUGAUCUUACCCCAGACUUGAAGACGAAAAUUGUUGAUGCCUUGAUACACAGACUUAAUGCCCCAGGCUCCUCAAAAUGCCACGUACUGUGUCUGAAAACUCUCCGCAUGUUCAGUCGAGAGAAGGACAAACUAGUCAACAUGGUGUCAGAGCCUACUAUUGCCACCAUCAUGAAAAUGACUGGAUUGAAUCAUUAUGCGUCGGAGGAGGGAGAACUUGUUGAAAUACGGAAUGGGGAUCCAGAGGUGAUGUUGGAGGCUUUAAAGUGUCUAUGCAAUCUGGUCUUCAAUAGUCAGCUGGCACAGAGAAUCUGUAGUAAAAAUGGUUGUGUUGAGGGGAUAAUUCAAAGACUGAAAACAUACAAAGACCCAGCACUGCCACAUGAAAUUAAGUUCUUUGAUAUGAGACUACUUUCACUACUGACAGCUUUAUGUGAAGAGACAAGACCAAAAGUGCGCUAUGAGCUUCAUGGUUUUACAUAUCUGAUGGAGGUGGUGGAUUUAUCCGUAAAUGAAGCGGAUGAGCGUGGAUUGAAGGAUCAGGAAGUGGAUCUAUGUUGUGAAAUCCUGAAAAUCCUCUUUAAUUUGACUCUAGUUAGAAGUAACAUGGAUGAAGAGGAGGAGGCCCAUUUUAUGAGGUUGGUGUGUGUCCUGAAGGAACUGUUGCUUUGUAAAACAAAAUCCAAAGACAGAAUGGAGGAACUCCAGAGUAUGACGGUAAAUUUGCUGACCAACGUCCCGCUGGACUGCUAUGAGGAAUUGUUGACCCCAUUAAAUGAGGACGAUGAUGAUAUCAGCUUAGAAAACAAAGAGGUUGAGUAUGAUGGGAAGAAUAUGGAGGCCAUACUUGUACUUCUGGAUUUUCUGUAUCGCAGGCUAGAUAAGCCCUCAAAGACUACAAAGGACAGUUUGGCCCCAAUAUUGUGCAGUCUCUGUCAGAUGUGCAAGGCAAAUCGCACGAUACGAAAGUUCUGUCGUCUAAAGGUACUACCCCCUCUGAAGGAAGAUGUAAAAAGGUUGCCUGAGGAAGGAAAGACAUUAAGAAACAAAUUGUGUAAAAUUCUGACAUCUGCCUCAGAAGUAAAAGAUAUGGUGGCAGAAUUCUUAUUUAUACUGUGUAAAGAGAGUGUGGCCAGAAUGGUGAAGUACACAGGUUAUGGUAAUGCCGCUGGUUUGCUGGCAAACCGUGGCAUGCUGAUGGGUGGUAGGAAAUGUGACGGUGAUUAUAGUAGUGGUUCUGAGGAAUCGGACACAGAGGAAUACGCCAGAUUACGAGAUCAAGUAAAUCCAAUAACUGGUAGAUGGGAAGAGGACAAAGUGAAUCCCAUGGAGGGAAUGUCUGAAGAACAGAAAGAGUAUGAGGCCAUGAGACUAGUUAAUGAUUUAGACAAACUGCAAAGACAAGGAAUCAUUCAACCGUGUCGAGUGGGAGAGGACGGGAAACCAGAGCCUGUAGAACACAUAUUACAGCUGACAGAAAACAUCAAACUGAAAAAGGAAGAUAAAGACUGAUUUAAAAGGGGUGGAUCUAACUUUGUCAACAGUUUAUAUGUGGAUCCAAGUGUUGUGUCUCAUUCAUAGGUGGAUCUAACCAUGUGGUGAUCUUGGAAUGUUUGGCUACAAAAGAAAGAGAAUAUGUAUAGUGAAUAUUAAAUGUGUAACCAUAUUUCAUAAUAAAUAUAGUUUAUAUAUGUCAUGUAUAUAUCAAUGAGUGCUCUAUCUAAAGGUUUCCUUUAGGUACAUGUAUUUAUGAUUAGCUGAGCAUAAGAGUUAUAUGUAAUGCUAGUUUCAUGGAAAUAUGCAUUAUGGCAGUGUAGAUGAUUGUUUCUGUUAAGUGUAUCAUUGAGAAUCUUUAAUUCAUUUCUCAUUUCAUAUUUCUGUGAAUAUUUUUCUUCACAUAUACAUGUAGUAUACAUGUACCUGUUCCAUUAUCUCCCUUGUAAGUCCAAGAAAACUUUAAAAGUAUUUUUGCAAGUUUGCAUAAGAAAUCCAUUGAAAGGGAUGUUUACACAUGAUUUUUAAGUGCUGACAAUGUUGAUGGUCCAGUGGAGGGGGACACUUCUUGAGAAGGAGGGGCACUUGUUUGGGCGAGGGAAUGUAAUCAGGCAAAUGUUUGACUGGUUGCCAAUCAUGCGAUGCCUACUUCUAUUUCAAUAAAUAAAAUGUUUUUCUUUUUGCAUAAAGAGAUAUUAUCAUAUAGGGUCUACAAGAUGAUAUUACCAAAUUGACAUAAAUAAUUGAACUAAAAUGGAUAUUGUCUGAUCGGAAUUUUCACUAUUUUUCUUAAAAUUUUAAGAUAUUUUAGUUAUUUUUAUAUGCUUCCUAUAUUUAAAUUUUUCUUAUUUUCACAUAUGGUAAAGUUGUCACAUAAAGAUACAAAAUGAUAUAAAAAGAAAAAGUUUUGACCGUUUACUAAGAGGGGAAAAACACCUUUUUACGGAUUUUAGGCUCAAAUCUGAACUUAGAUUGGAAGCUUUUAAAAGCUAACAUAAUUGUAGUUUGUUUGGAAAAUCAUAUUUAUUUGAUAUAUUUUAAAACUUUAGUCCCUUAUUAUUAAUUUAACUUACAUUAAAAAAUUUUCUCCAAGUCUUUGAUUGUGUAAAAAAUAUAACUAAAUUCAUUGUUUCUAUAAUUAUUUUGAGAGGCAGAAAAGAAGAUAUUUUCAUACGCCGCCAUUCCGCCAAAAAUAUAGUCCCUGCUAGAUUUCAAACUCAGUUUACCAUUUCUAUUUAAAGUUGUACAAUUGUGAUGAGGAAAGAAAAAUAUGAUCUUUUAGAACCCUUACAUAUAAAUAUAUAAAACAUAUAAGCAAAUAUACUUUGAAUAUUUCAUCUAGUCAGAAACCAGACAAGAAUCCCUCCUUAAGUAAAGUAUUUUAAAAAUCGUUUCAGAAGAAAGACUUCUGUACAAUCUAAUAUAUAGUUAUAUAUAAGAAAUCAAUAUUGUACAGGAUGACAACAAUGUAAUUCUGCUUCAACCAAAGCUUAAAAAUAGUUCUUCCAUCGCAAAUAUGAACAACAGAAGUUUUAUAAUCGUUCUUUUUUCCUGUCAUUGAAAUGGUUUAUUAUAAUUUUGUAACAAAAAUUUCCGACAUCAAAGUUGCAGAUCAUAUUGCUUUAAGCAAAUUUUAUAUGUGUUUGGACCUAAAAAGAAUUGAUAACAAACAUGUUUAAAAAAUGUCUGAGUAUUGAGUUGUUGAGCAUUAUGUAACUUUUUAUUUGUACUGUAGCCAGUGUUAUGAAAAGUUUCAUGUAAAAUACUUUGUAGUUCUGUUGAUGUUUAUACAGAAUUAGGAAUCUCAUUUAUAGAGAGUUUUUUUUCUAGAUGAUUUGAUCUUUGAAUUGAUGGGUUAUUUUUACUUACAUAAAGUUAAAGAAAUUGACAAAAUUUACAAAGAAUGGGAAGAAAAUGUGGCAAACCUCACAUACACUAAUUUGUUGUUGUGUUGUCAUGAUCUGAUCACUUUUAUGUUGUCAAGAUCAAAGAUCUUGGCAUGUUGUCUUUGGUAUGUUUUGCUUUCAUCCUUCAAAAACUACCUAUAGAACCUCCCAAGGCAUAUCUUUUUAAUUACUGGAGACAUACUCUCUUCCAUGCGGGAUUUUUGCUAUAUAUGUGGAUACAAUUCCACUGAAAUUUAUUACAGUGUACUCAAAGUGCAUUAAAAAAACAAUGGCAAUCUAAGAGAUACAUGUAAUUUUAUACCAUUGGAUUGAACAGAAAUAAUGAUCCCCUGGAGUAAAAAGUACGUUUAAAGUAUAUACAUCUACAUUAAGAAUUCACAUUGGUUUGGAUUAACUUGUACACCACAUCAAGGUUGAACAAGGAGGUUACAUAAUCAUAGAUGUCUGCUACAUGUAGCACUCAACAAAUUGUGUUUACAGAUCUUGAUGAAUUUUAAAAUCCGAGUUUUUGUCUCUGUUGCAUGCCAGGUUUAUUUCAUGGUAGUGCUUUCAUUAAUCACUUUAGAGACAUAUUAAUUAUAUUUUUCAUCAUUACAUACAACUAUGCUGAUUUUUUGGGUUGUGCAGUCUGUCCUUUACAUGUAUAUAGGAAUGUUUUCAUGAAAUACAUCAUGAUGCUGUGGAAUUAUAAUUUAUUCAUUAUAAUUUAACAUCAAAUUUGGUCUGUGCUUCUCUCUGUUAACAUUUCAUAUUUCUAACAUUGUUUUUAAAAUGUUCAAGGAAAACUUGCCACAAAGCAUUACAAUGUAUUAGGUUAUGAGAAUUUUCUAUCAAUAUUUGAAAUAAAGUUUAAGACAGCUAUGAAAACGCUGUAUUGAAAGUAGCACUUGGACAUUGAAAAAUUUUCACCUCCUGAAUGACUGUAGGACCAGAAAUGUUAAAACAUUUUGAAAAAGGUGAUAUAAAAUGUUUCAGAUAAAUUGAAUCCUGAAUGAGUGUUUGAAUUAACAAAGUAAAAGUGGAUGGUUGAAUUAUUGAGAUAGAAAAUUUGUGAUUUUUUUUUUUGUUUUGGUAAUUACCUAGAAGAUAAAUCAAAAGCAGAACACCUGUUUAUCCAGAUAAAAUAAAAUGUUGUACAAAUCUAGCCCCCCCCCCCCCUUUCCUGUAGUUUAUGGAUGAUUGAAUGAUUAUAAUCAUCAAUGUAUUCCAAUGUUCUGUAUAUUGUUCUGUACAUUAGACAUACACUUAGAAUUAUUUUUCCUUCAGUCUGUUGUUUUCCAGUAUUUAUUAAAAAAAAUCAUGAAUUAUUUAAUCUUUGCGCAUGACCUCACAAGGAUAUUGUGGGUAUCAAACAUCUCUCAUUCUCCCUGUGCAAUAUUAUGUAUAAAUGCAUUUUGUUUUUGUUAAUGUAUUUAUGAGGGUAAUGUAUGCAUCACCAUUUUCAUGAAUAAAUACUGAAAGUGUACAA